AUGCUUCACCUUUUCACCGUAUGUUUCAUAGUACUGUCGGCGAUAACGACGGUCUUAGGCGUAGAAACGCAAGGUGGUUGGAAAGAGCAGAAUGUGGAUAGCAAGGACGUCAAGGAGCUAACGACACGUGCGAUGAACAGUCUCAAUCUACAAAUGAAUGAUCUAUACUAUUGGAUCCCAAUUAAGAAGGUUUCUUUCAAAAAUUUCGAGGCAGCAAAUUGUGCGCAGAAAGAGGGAGGUGAUAAGAAGAUUUUCACUGUGACUAUAUGGUUGGAACCGUCGAAGAAUUCCGGACAGGCCACGAUCAUCUCGGUGGGAGACGCUUGA